GGAGGGGAUGAGGAGGUGUUCUCUAAAGCAGACACUGAGUGAGCGAGAGAGAGAAAUGAUGUUAUGAAUGGGGGGUUUAUUUCUUCCAAGCGGGAAUAUCCACACGAUGGUGACGCGAGAUGGCCUCUGUGUUCUAGUGUUAGACCCAACUUCACUGUGAUCUGUGAGAUGGGAUAUUCAUGUGAUAUCCGGAAUUCGUUCGCAAAGAUGAUGAGUUCCAUUUGAUAGCAGCAUCUGUGUGUCUUGCACAAUUUCUGGGUUAUCUGUCAAGCAACUUCUGUAGUGGUUUUUGUGUGUGUGUGUGUGCGUUGAUUUUCAUCAAGGCUUCAGUUGUAACUUUUUGGGGCGAUAUCAUCUCCUUAUCGUCCAUCUACGCGUUUAUAUACAUUUGAAAUGGUUUGAUCACGUGUGUUGACAGUAUUUCUGUCAGGUCAAUAUAUGUUGGUGUUGGUUUCGACUUAAAGGUCUCAUUGAAAAGAGUUUUAAAUAAACAUAAGACUUUGGCUGAAAAAAAAAGAAUUUCUGUGAACCUGUUUUGUUCUCAAUCAAAGUUUAUUGGUGAUAAUGAAGUUUGCAUGGAACAGUAAAGAUGAACUCAUUCUAUGACAAUAUGGAGCUAUAAAUAGACUACAUUUAUGUCAUAAGAUAAACAAACUGGUGUAGACUUAAGACUGAGGUUCUGGGUUCUCGCACGGGAAAAUGACUCUGGUGCCAGUUACAACCGAGUCAUAUCCAGAAACUAACCAGCACAACUGCGAACACGUCCAGUUUAUCCCGGGAGUGGUCAGCAACGCCACUAGCCGAGGGCUGUUGGAGUUCGCCAUAAGCCUAGGAUCAAUUCACGGCUAUGUCGCUGUGGCCGUUUGCCUGUUCGGAGUGUUGGCCAACUCGGCCAACAUCAUCGUUCUGACCAGGAAACACAUGGCAUCCAGCACCAACAUCCUUCUUCUUUGGCUGGCAGUGGCGGAUCUCCUCACCAUGCUGGAGUACCUGCCUUUCGUUAUUCACUUUUACAUCAUGGCGCCCGGGGACCCCUUGCGCCCUCCGUUCAGCUCACAAGAAUUUUACUGGACUUGUUUCCUGCUCUUCCACGCCAGCUUCAGCAUCGUGUGUCACUCUGUGGCGAUAUGGCUGACCAUAGCCCUGGCCAUAUUUCGUUACAUUUACAUCUGCAAGCCGACGACGGGCGUGUUUUACUGCAGCCAGCGUCGCGCCCGAGGGGUGGUCAUCAUCAUUAUAGUACUGACCAUCAUCAUCUGUAUCCCCAACUGUGUCAUCAAUACUUACGCUGUAGGAUACGAUGUUGUCCAAGAAGUUAACUCCACGAGUUGGAGCUUCACAGAUACAAGUACUGUAGUUCCUUCUAAAAUAAGUAAUUCGGAUAAUGUUUAUUACUACCCCACCUUAAGACAAAGUUCUAAAGCAGAUGAAGUUUUAAUACAAAUCAACAACUGGAUUCAUGCUAUACUAAUCAAACUAAUCCCCUGUUUUCUGUUGACUGUUUUGACCUUACUGUUGAUCCAUGCUGUACACAAAGCGUACAGGAAACGCCUGAAGCUGAAGUCUCAAGGGAGAAAAGCGGAACUGGAUAAAACCGGUGAACAUAACCGAUUGACCGCCAUGCUGCUGGCCAUUGUGGUUCUGUUCACCUUGACCGAGCUGCCCCAGGGCAUAUUGACUCUGAUUAACAUUUUCGUCGACUGUUUUUAUCAUGUGGUGUACUCCAAGCUUGGCGACCUGCUCGACCUGAUGGCGCUCAUUAACAACGCGGUUAACUUUGUGCUGUACUGCACCAUGAGCACACAGUUCAGGGCGACCUUCGCCGCCAUCUUCUGCCCGCGCCCUACAGCGCAAUCCAAGUGGAUGAAACUGAGGCUGGUCAAGUCUCGAAAUUUGGAGAGCAGUUACGCCGAGGCUACAGAGUUCUCCAAGACCACGAGAGUGGACAAUUUCGGGUGCAUGUCACGUAGUGGUGACCUGACGGACACCGAGGCUCUCAGUAAAGCUGUGAGCAGCACGGAUGAACAGCUGGACAGCAAUGAUCAACCGGAAACGGUGGUCAUGCUCGCAGACGAGUGCAAUGGUAUCGCAGGGAGUCAUACUUCGAACAACUUGAGUUAUCUGUAACAUUUCUUUCUUUCAAAAGGUCAAACUUUAUCAGAAUGGCAGAUGAAAAGUUGCGAUGACCUUAUAUCAAGUGGACCAGAUGAGUGCUUUUACUAAAAAUAGAACAGGAAGUCUUAUCACUUAAACAUUUUGUUUGACUUCUGUGACGUUACUUCUUAACGCGGGAACCAAGAUGAAGGCUUGUGCUCGAAAUCAAGUUUACUCAACUUAGAGGUUCAUCAACUUCAAACAUAUCAAUCAUCUCUUGAAAUGGAAACCUUUAUGUAUUGAAAGUGUUUACAAACAUUGUUCCUUGCAUAUUAUGUUCACUUCAUCUUUUCACAUUUUGUUUUCCCUUCAAAUCAUUUUUGAAUUUUUUUUUAAGUCGGGGAGAAAAGACGAAACAUGGACAAUGUUCAAAAGUGACUGAGUAAAAUAGUUAUGCUUAAAGCUGUAUACUAUAUUUAAAAUUUAAAAACAUGACGUAUUUCGUUAUCAAAGUCUAAUAAUGUAGUGAUAUCCGCAAUAAAUUUGCCUUCUCUCUUCUUCUGCAUUUAAAGUUACAAAUGUCAACUUGUUUCUAUGGAAUUACAAGAAAUCUUACUUAUGUAAGAGUACAUUUUGAAGUGCUUUUAAACUGCGUUUUUUGUUUGGGGCUGGGGACUGUUAUAUUUGUAAAACAUUUGCUUUUUUCUGUUAUGUAUUUGUUUUUCUUCCAACCAAAGACCCUCCCAUCCCCACAUGGUGUACAGCUUUCUACUUGAAAUGUUUCGCAAUGAUCACGUUUCCAGACAAAGUUUGUUUUAUGUUCAAUUUUUUGGUGUUUGUGUUGGUCAUCAUUCCACUCCUUUGGAAAGGAAGCAAUAUGAUUGGUCAAUAUUUGACUAGCGUAAGCAUAGAGCAUAUAAAUCUACUUCAUUGAAUUAUAUUAUAUUUUUUUUUGUAAUUAUUACAACUUUAACUACAGUUGUACUAUGAUCCACUUUUGUGAUAUAUAUAUUGUUUGUAUGUAUAUUUGAUGUAGGCUUUUGCUUUUAAAAUAGUCUCUCCUACUUAAUAUUGUUUCCUUAAAAAAAAAAAGAAAAUUGAGGUUUUGUGUUAUCGCAUCACUCUGAAACUAUGUUUGUAAUAAUUGUAAUAAAUAUAAGUAUUGUCAUGUAUGAUGACUUGUAUAAACAUGUAUGAUGAUAGUUCAUCUUGCACCUUCAUCUCACAGUCAUUAAAUUUGCUAAACAAUUCUUGUUUACAGCGCCUCCAUGUCACGUGACAGAGCAUGAUCAUUCACCAUGUAGAGUUUUUGACUCAUUUCUUGUCUCUGCCUUGCACUGACCCAUCCCUUUCCCCUCCCCAACCCCACCUAUAGUGAAAUGGUGCGUUGAAUUUAUUUUAUACCAUAAUAGUACACACUGACCACUCCAAUCCAUAGCAUGUGUUUCUGUAAUAUAAGUUAGUGUAACUCAACUAAAGCUUAUCAAAUGGGAUCGUUAAGUGAAAGUCAAUUACCAAAAGGGACAAUUUUAGACACAGUCAACUCAUGUGUCCACCAGGGGCAACUUUGAAGCAUUGUAGCCCUUCUUGUCCAUGAGGGGCAACUUUGAAGCAUUGUAGCCCUUCUUGUCCAUGAGGGGCAACUUUGAAGCAUUGUAGCCCUUCUUGUCCAUGAGGGGCAACUUUGAAGCAUUGUAGCCCUUCUUGUCCAUGAGGGGCAACUUUGAAGCAUUGUAGCCCUUCUUGUCCAUGAGGGGCAACUUUGAAGCAUUGUAGCCCUUCUUGUCCAUGAGGGGCAACUUUGAAGCAUUGUAGCCCUUCUUGUCCAUGAGGGGCAACUUUGAAGCAUUGUAGCCCUUCUUGUCCAUGAGGGGCAACUUUGAAGCAUUGUAGCCCUUCUUGUCCAUGAGGGGCAACUUUGAGACACAAUUCACCAACGUAUCCAGGAGGGGUAACUUUGAGACACAAUUCACCAACGUAUCCAGGAGGGGUAACUUUGAGACACAAUUCACCAACGUAUCCAGGAGGGGUAACUUUGAGACACAAUUCACCAACGUAUCCAGGAGGGGCAACUUUGAGACACAAUUCACCAACGCAUCCAGGAGGGGUAACUUUGAGACACAAUUCACCAACGCAUCCAGGAGGGGUAACUUUGAGACACAAUUCACCAACACAUCCAGGAGGGGUAACUUUGAGACACAAUUCACCAACGCAUCCAGGAGGGGUAACUUUGAGACACAAUUCACCAACGCAUCCAGGAGGGGUAACUUUGAGACACAAUUCACCAACGUAUCCAGGAGGGGUAAUGCUUUGCUUACUAUUAUUUGCCUAUUGAUACAUUGAUACAUUGAUACAUCGAUACAUUGAUACAUUGAUACAUAUUGCUUUCAAAUGUGUGCCUCAUCGCUUUAUCAUUCUGAAAAAAUAUCAUUGUACAGAUUAUCUUUAUACAGAUUACCAUUGUACAGACUAUCUUCAUACAGACUAUCAUUGUACAGAUUAUCAUUGUAAUGUAUAUCAUUGUAAAUAUUAUCAUUGUGGACAUUAUGAUUGUACAGAUUAUUAUUGUGAAGACUAUCAGGGUACAGAUAAUCAUGUACUGUGUUGACUGUUCUUCAGACUUGAAAUCUAAAAGUAGAUUAUCAUUGAUACAUAUAUAGUUCAGUUUCAUUAAAGCUACUUCCGUCCUA